CUCCUGACGGUCCACCCCAGGAAGUUCACCUGGAGCCCAUAUCGUCUCAGAGCAUCAGGGUCACCUGGAAGGCUCCCAAGAAACACUUGCAAAACGGUAUUAUCCGUGGCUACCAGAUAGGUUACCGAGAGUACAGCACUGGGGGCAACUUCCAGUUCAACAUCAUCAGUAUUGACACCACUGGGGACAGUGAGGUAUACACGCUGGACAACCUCCAUAAGUUCACCCAGUAUGGCCUGGUGGUGCAGGCCUGCAACCGGGCCGGCACAGGGCCUUCUUCUCAGGAAAUCAUCACCACCACCCUCGAGGAUGUGCCCAGUUACCCCCCUGAAAAUGUCCAAGCCAUAGCAACAUCACCAGAGAGCAUAUCAAUCUCCUGGUCCACGCUUUCCAAGGAAGCCCUGAAUGGUAUUCUCCAGGGGUUCAGGGUCAUCUACUGGGCUAACCUUAUGGAUGGAG